GUAUCAGUGCAUGCAUUACUUCCUCUUUUUCUCUCGAUAUAUAUAGCCGGGACCCAAACGCAUUUGCAGAGUCACUGUGCGUUUUAGGGCUGAGAUUUAAAGAGUUUGGAUCGGUUGCUCCGUCUGAUCUGCGCCAGACUCACGCCCAGCAUCUCAAAGAUGGCCGCCGGCACACGGAGACCCUACGGAGGAGACAUCAUGAACAUCGACACGACAGGAGCGUCGGCUGCUACAGCGAACCAAGACCGACUCGGCUUCGAUGGACCGGCAGCCUCUCAUCAGCUGGUCAAGACUGACGAUUGCCGCCUGAAGAAGUACAAAGACCGCAUCGUGGACGCUGCCACCACCACGGGCGUGGACCCGGCCAUCGUGGCCGCGAUCAUCUCCCGCGAGACCCGCGCUGGCAACGUUCUCGACAACGGCUGGGGCGACAAUGGGAAUGCCUUUGGGCUCAUGCAGAUUGACAAGCGCUACCACACGCCCCUAGAAGGUGCAUACGACAGCGUGGAGCACCUGGUGCAAGCCUCGCACAUCCUCAUUGACAUGGUCAACACGAUCAAAGGCAUGUUCCCCACCUGGACAGCAGAACAGCAGCUCAAAGGAGGCAUCUCCGCUUAUAACGCGGGUCCAAGGAACGUGCGCAGCUACGACGGGAUGGACAUUGGCACCACUGGCAAUGACUACGCCAACGACGUGGUGGCUCGGGCCCAGUGGCUCCGUAUGAAUCAGCGAUUCUAAAGCAAGUCCCCCCCCUCUGGGUACCCCACUACCUAUAACCUCCCCCCCCCCCACGUACCCCCCUCACUCCCCCCCUAGGUACCCCCCCCCCCACUUACCGCUCCCCCCCCAGGGUAGCCCCCCGCUCCCUCACCCGCCGCUUCCCCCCACCCUGCUCCCCCACUCCCCCCUAAGUACACCACCUACCGCUCCCCCCACUCUGCCACCUACCACUCUCCUCCCCGCUCCCCCCAGAGGUACCCCCCCCCGCCCCAUGCCACAUCCCACCGCUCCUUCUCUUUCACCCUCCGAGCAACAGCUGAUGGAGAAUCCCCGAGUAACUCGGACGGUCUCCACUCAUCGGGUGAGACACCAGGCCUGAUAGAGCUGGUGCACGGGGUCGGAUUAGCAAACACUGUAACGGCUUUAGGGGUUGCAGCCCAGGGCAUCGGAUUUGCAGUGUCCCCCCAACAUUUAUGUGGCUUUAUAAAUGCAAAAAUACAGCGGCACUAUUUAUAUAUCCUGUGGUUCCUAAUUUGACAAUUAAAUGCACUGCACCAGUAUGGAAAUUAGUCAAAUUACUGAUAGUUAUAUUCCACAUUUUCAAUGUAGUUUUUACUUAGAUUUAGCUUAACAGGUGUGUCUAUAACAGUGUUUGUCAUCGGGCAUGGCAAGUCAGACAUUUUCAUGUUUGUGAAAGAAAUGAAGUGCUUAUUGCCCCCUAUCGAGAGACUGGUCCCCACCAUAGCAACGCGGAAUUUUAACCCCUUGGAGUUGAGCAUCAGCCAAACACUCGUUCGAGUGUGCAAACACCUCGAUGUUUACACGUGAAAAAUAUAUAUACGAACCGCAGAUCUUCAAAAAAACACACAGUCUGCAGCAAUGUGCCAUUACCUGGUUUUAGAGCCGGACAUGAAUAAAUAAUAUACAAUUCAAGUUAGAUUGAUGUCGCAUUUAUGUAGAAUGCAAACGCAUUAGAAUAUGCUGUACAAGAACGGGGACAUUGUGCAUCGUAUACACCAGUGGUUAACAAUCUUUCUUCAUCCGCAAAGCACUGUCAACCCGAAAAAUAUUUUCACGGUCCACCAGGCAGUAAACAAACGAGACGUCUUGUAUCUGCAACGGUUCCUCUGGCCAUUCGCCACGGCUUUGCAAAACGCCACUGGUCCGCGCACCACAUAGAUCUGGAAUCACUGCUGUAGAUUCUAAUAGACUUAUUUACCUAUUCUCUGGAUUAUAAUAUGUUACGGAAAAUUAUACUCACCUCCAACUUGUGCCGGGUGUCAAUAACGGCGUGCGCAUCUUGUCACGCACACGCAUGCACACACCUACCAGAUUAUAAUACGCAUCCUUAACUUUUCUUUACAAUCCACGAGGGGACGGCGAUAGUACCUGCACAAUCCGGACAAUACGGUCAAUCAUUUGCUGAGCGAGCCUGCCAGAUAAAUCCUCAUUAAUGUGACUCUCAGGCUCGAGUGCAGCUUGCAGAAAGUCGACUGUGCUCAACAUGCCCCAUCAUUGCGGCCAUACGCACUCGGAGUGGCAGCAGCCGCCACCGACAAAUCGCUUGCUCAGUGAGAUUUAAAGUGUAGUGGCGCUAAUCUCCACCGUAAGCCAAUUAAACACCGCGAAGCAUUCCGACAGGGCGGGAUUUUCCCCUGGAAUGGGACGCCAGUUCUCUCACGACGGUGGCUCUCUGCUGUGGGCGCGCGGAUUUGCGUGCCGUCGUUAAUUUCUUCAAUUGCACCCCUAAAUACCAGACUUUAACGUCGUUGGUGAGAUAAAAAAAAGUAAGCUGCUGUCUUAUGUUGUAUCAGGCACUGGUGGUGUCUGUUAGAUUCCCCUUUAAUAGGCCCUCUCGCCCAAUUACUAUGCAUUAUUGCUUGUGUUUGUUUUUGCUUGCGUGUUAUAAAGUAUAUUAUGAUGCUUAUCGUUGUAUGUGUGUGUUACAUACCUCGCCACCGACUAGAUCCCCUGUCUGGGAUCGUGAUCUCACCAUUCUAGAAUCUCCCCCAGAUCCGGAAGAACUCUGGCGAACAGAUGGAACAACGCGGGCGUUCAGAAUGAACACCUCAUUCGAGACCCAAACAUCGGACUUCCUGGCUUUGACAUAACCAUCAAAUGCCUCGGGACAUCAAUAGGCCAAUGCUCACAUCUCAUUCAAGAAUGUGAAAAUUUAAAGCGAGGCACAGUAGUGCAAUUGUGGCUAUGUAACCAAAACUAUGGACCAAAUGGUAAACCACUGUGGUCUCUGCUCCUUCAACUGAGGAGUAGGAAAAACAAAACUGUACGAACUCUCUCCCGAAGCCCUCUCAUGGUUAGCAGACUCCAACAUUGGCAUUUAGCUCCUGAACAUAUUGCCAUAUGCAAUAAUAGAUGAGAAUGGGUUCAGUGUAGAGCGAUUGGUGCAGUGGUUCGCACACUCCGCUACGAACCCGCCAACCUGAGUUCAAUUCCCCGGGCAUGGCUAACAUCAGUGGCAAGCGACAUCUGAAUCUUCUGUGGGCGAGCUUUUCACUAACUCUCACUGACCAGCAUGGUGAAGUAUGUACAGUCCAGUCUAACAACCCCUAUAGCCGCCAUAGUGCGAUGGUGGCCUUCAACCAGCAGUCGAUUGACCGACGACUAAAAAUCCAAUUAUAUUAUUUAAUCGAUUAAAUUGUUGACUACAUCAUACACAUUAGUUAAUAUAGACACGUGAAAUAUGGUAGACAGCGUUGCAAUGUUUAGAAUGCGCUGUCCAAAACACUGGCCCUGCAUAAGAUUUAAUGUAUGUGUAGUGACAUAGCACUGGCUGUUGGACAGCAGCAGGAACUGCAGGUGGGCACUUAGUGCACACGCCGCUGAGCAUAUACGCAGGUGUGCCGGCAGGGCGAAGAAACUGGGGCAAGGGUCAUGGUAAACCUCGUGUGGAAGCCUCUGGAACCCUCUGGAGGGUUCGAGAAGGGAGGCGCGGCUAUGGCAGAGCCAAGCCGCCCCGAGGGGAAUAUCAGCAGUGAGCGAGAGCGCCGGACUGCCAGUUCUGAAAUUGGACUCGUCUCGUCGUCGCUGUCGUCGUCACCGCCCUCGUCGCUGCCGCCUUCGCCCGAUCAUUGCGCGGCCGGACAGUAGUUGGCUGUCCCGGUCGACGCCAUCGGUGCAAUGCGGACAGGGUCGUGCCUGGGAUGGGUCGGCGGCAGCGGGGUCGUGUGUGGGAGAGAGAGGAGGCCCGAGUGAUGGCGUGAGCUCGGCAACAACAAUAAAAAGGGCAGAUCAGUGCCUCCUGCGA